AUGCCAUCCGGCACCAAGCAGAAACCACGCUGUAAUUUCUGUCUCAAAGAGCUGAGCCGACACAAAGACGUAACCUUACACAUUCAGAACACACCAGAAUGUCGCCAACAAUGGGACAUUGCAGUCAAGGCCAUGUCUUCUGAUCAAUCUCCCAGCCAAGCAAGCACCUUAGACUCAUCAACACCACCACCACCAGACUAUGACUAUAACAUACCUGAAGAUGUCGUCUAUGACUUUCCCAGCAGAACCAGAUAUGUGCCAGAGGAUGCAGAGUCAGAGUCAGGUCCCCAAUCCAAAUGCACAAGGGUGGAAGAGGUCGCAGAUGAGGAGCCCACACGUUUUGCAAAAGUCUUCCCGCACCCUGCAGCAGACGUUUUGGGGGUUGGAAAGACAGUGUUUGAACAAAUUCGGGAGGAUCAGAUUGCCAUGAGACUUGAGGAUAAUCCUUGGACACCGUUUGCUGAUGAAGAUGAGUGGGGCCUUGGAGAGUGGCUUGCAAAGCGAGUCAAUAAGGCCGCAACCGACGAAUUCCUCAAGCUUGGCAUCACAAAAAGUGAACUCAGGAGCCCCUUCAGUGACAAAUCCCGUAUUAUACGGGUCACCCGACCUACAUAA